AUGUCGGCAGCAAAAAACUCGUCCGAUGACCUUCGAACGGAAUUCGACCGUCUCGAUGGAGACAAAGAUGGUUAUAUCACUCUUCAAGAAUUUCGUGCGUAUCAUUCAAAAGCAAACAAAGAUGAUACCGCAAUAAGUAAAGCAUUUGCAGCUAUUGAUUCGGACAAAGACGGUCUCGUAACAUUCGAAGAAUUUCAACGAGCAUACAAGGACUAA